UAGCAGAGGUGAGAGCUCUAAUAUUUCUGUAGAAGAUUUCUUAUUUCGUGCCAGUUUUUGUUUUGAUUUAAUUUGUUCUUCAAUAAUAUCAGUUCCGAUCUCGUACCUUUUGAUCGCGUCCGUCCGUACGUCCAUGGCGGAGAAUCAAAAGAUACAUCCCGUCCACGUGGAUCUGGAGGCACCACAGACGACGGCAACUCCGGCCACCGAGCCCUUGGUGCCGCGCGGAGCCGAGAAAUCCGACGACGGAGGGCGGCGCACUGCCGAUCAACAUCCUCCUCCGUUCCGGCGGACGAUUCCGGUGAUGCACUCGAAGCCGCCGAAGAAGAGGCGAAGCUGCUGUUGCAGGUGCCUGUGCUGGACCUUCUCAAUUCUAGUCCUCCUUCUGAUUGCGAUCGGAAUCGUGGUCGGAAUCCUGUACCUGGUUUUCCGGCCGAAGCUUCCGGAGUACUCGAUCGACAAAUUGCAGGUGACGCAAUUCGCCCUAAGUGGAAACGACAGAUUGGACGCGACUUUCAAUCUAAAUCUGACGACCAGGAACCCUAACAAGAAGAUCGGAAUAUACUACGAAGGAGGAAGCCACAUAAGCGCGUGGUACAGAGGAACGAAACUGUGCGAAGGGGCUUUACCGAGAUUUUACCAAGGGCAUCGGAACACGACGGUGCUGAACGUGCCUCUGGUGGGAGUAACGGAAAACGCGACGGCGCUUUUGACGACGCUCCAGCAACAGCAGCAACAGAGCGGAAACAUUCCGUUGAAUCUGAACGUGAAACAGCCGGUGAGGAUAAAGCUUGGGAGCUUGAAGCUGAUGAAGGUGAAGUUCUACGCGAGUUGUAGGCUGUUGGUUGAUAGUGUUUCAGCAAAUAACGACAUCGCCAUUAAAGACAGUAGCUGCAACUUCAAGCUGAGGCUGUAGGAUAAUACGCGAUUCGACUCCUUCCUACUGUGAUAGAGAGGGGUUGGAUAUUGUCUCACUUUCACACGCGUAUGUACAUAUGAUGCCUAUAUGAGGUUUGGAUACAUUUUGUUUUUCUUUCACACAAUAUCUAUGAUUUUAUACAUAUUUUAAAGUCUA